CAUAUAAAUAAGUAUAAACCUGACGAAGAGCAACAGUGGCAAAAUGCAUCGGCUAAUGCAGCAAUGAAAAAGCUAACAGAAUUGGCUAAGUAUUUUACUGAAUUAAUUUCAUUUCUUGAAUCUUUAAAAAACAAAUCAAAUUUAGAUGAGAGCAAAAGAAAAAAAGUAAAGCUUUCUAAUAAAAAAAGUUUUGCAGAUUUUAGUGCUCAAGUUAAUCCAACUUCCAUCAAUUUUGGUGCUCAAGUUAAUCUAACUUUCGUCAAUUUUGGUGCUCAAGUUAAUCCAACUUCUGUCGAUUUUGGAGUUCAAGUAUUUUUACCAGAUCUAAUAUAUAAAAGUCUUUUAGGGCAGAUUAGUAAGCUUGAAAGUGCUAAUAAGCAAUUAUUAGCCAAAAAUGAAGAGUUAAAAAAAAGGUUAUACGAAAGAUUUAUUAACCAACAAGAUCGUAUGGAAAAUGAAAUUCAUGAAGAACUUACUAAUUAUCUCUCAAUUAUUUUAGAAGAACUUUGUGUUGAAAAAAAUCAAGAAAUGAAUGUAAUUGAUAACUUGAUACAUAAUCAAAGUCAAGCGGGUUGUAUAAAAAAAUAUUCAGUUUGUAAUACCUUUAAUAUCAAUAACAAGAAGCAGCAAUCUGAUGAAUCAUCUAAUAUAGUAAACACUAAUGAAAAGUCUCUAGCUAUUAAUUCUUAUACUUUUAGGGAAUCAAGUAAGCAAUGUUUAGCUCAUGAGGUUUAUAUACCACAAAUUUAUGAUGGAGAACAAAUGUUACGCCAUGAUGCGAUACUUGAAGAGAUUAAUAAAUCUCUCAAGUCUUUAAUUCCUCUGAUACCUUCACAACAGCAUUGGGAAAUCGCGGCUCGUAAUUGUACAAAGUUUGUAAAGUUACAUACUAAUCUUUUUAAUUUAAUAGAAUUUUCUGAAAAUGAAGCCCAUGAACCUCGAAUACGUUCUAAUUAUAUUUCUGAAUCAUGUCGAUUUUGA